UGUUUUCCUCUUUUCAUGAUUGUGUCAUGGUCGACAGCACGUGAACGCAGCAUCACAUCUGCCAGGACUCCCGACGCGCCCGGGACGCUCCGGUGAUGCGUUCAGGACCCGCCCCUCCGCUCCCGCACUUGUCAAAGGCCACCGAUCGCAAAUUGCAUCACAGUUGUGCCCACAGCCGCGCACACACGCAAAUGACACCGGGACAGCCCGGCUCGAUCACGAUCUGAUCCGCACGCUGAUCACUUUUAAAUCACUUUAUUAUUAUUUUUUUCCUCAUUAGACGCCACGAUGCUUCCUUUCAAGAGAACUUUUGACAGCGAGAAGCAGCAGCUGCAGCAGCUCAACAGCCGCCUGGCUCAGUAUCUGUCCAGGACCAAGCAGCUGGAGCAGGAAAACGCGCAUCUUUUGGCGGAAAUCAACCAGCUGAGACUGGUGAGGAGCGCGGACAACGAAUCCAAGUACAAGGCGGAGAUGCGCGGUCUGAGGAGGAUGGUGGACCAGCUGUCCUUCGAGAAGUCCCAGGCUGAGAUGGAGAGGGAGCGGCUGUGGCGAGAGUUGCAGCUGGUCCAGUCCCUGUGCAGCGAGCAGACCGAAGUGUGCCGGGACAUCAGCGGAGACCUGAAGGGCUGCGAGAAGGAGCUCAACCAAGCCCACAGAAUCAACGGGGAACUCCAGCAGCGGCUCCUGCAACUGCAGAACCAGUACAAGUGCCUGGAAGACGCGCACAGGCAAGAUAAGGCGCACCUCCUGCAGCAGGUGGAGUCCCGGGCUGCGCCCAUCGUGGCGCAGACAUACCGCGGCCCUCCGGUGGUCUCCGCCAACGAGGUGCAACAGUACGCGCGCGGCCUGUCCGAGGGAUGGAUCCACACCUUCGAGAUGUACCAGCAGAAGGUGGAGGAGAUGGAGGAGUCGAUCAAGGCGGACCAGGCGAGGCUGAGCGACCUGCAGAGGGAGAAGAUGCUGUACGCCUCCGAGCUGGACAAGAUGCGCACCGAGGCGGAGAAGCAGGGGCAGAUCCAGAUGCGUCUGGAGGAGCAACUUGUGCACAUGCAAGAAAAAUUUCGUGCGGACUUUGGUGAAUAUCAGAUGAUCAUUGAUCAGCUUGAGCACGAGAGAAACAUGAUGGCCGACACUAUAGCAGAAAAGAUGAGAGAGCAUCAGCACCUUCUCCAGGUGAAGAUGGAUCUGGGCAUGGAGGUGGCUGCUUACAGGGCUCUCCUGGAAGGCGAGAGAGUUGGACUGCAAGACGCUCCCAGGAGGGUCAAUCAGCAGCAACGAGAAAGAGUAAUAGAUAUCAAGCUGCCUGCUCAGCCUUAUACUCCAAGAGCUUCCAGCCUGACCACCAGACAACAAACCGACAUCAGAUAUACGCCGCCAGCCUCCAGCCUGAGAAGAUCGCCCAUGCCUUCCUCCGGGUCCAUCAGUCCUUCCAGGGUCAUUCCCAUUUCAAUUGCAGAGAGAGCUCGCAACCAGAGUCCGGCUUCCAGAAGGGAUAUGAUCUCAUUCAACAAAGCUAGAGCUGCUGCUUCGGCCACUUCUGCAGCCACCACCACCACCACCACCGCCGCCGCCGCCGCCGCAAAAGAUAAACAAGCAGGCUUCGGGGAAAAACAAAAGAGUCCAAAUAUUCAGAAAACAACAAUUGAGGAAAAAACUGUAAAAAUCAAACAAGUCUCAGAGGUAGACAGUCCCAGCAAGUCCUCUACUACUGAGACUAAAUCAAUUAGGGUGAUGUCAACACCAAUAACAAGCUUCAGCGCAAAAACGGAGACAGAAGGAAAAAAGCAAGUGUCAGAUGAAAAAGAGGACGGCAAUGUUUAUGAGGAGAACAAAGUCAAGAGGAAUACAGAGUCUGCAAUAGGCCCAACUGAGAAAAAGAUACUGGACUCUGUGUCUGUGGAAGAGAUAAUCGAGAAAGUGAUUAAACCGGCAGGUUUAGAAGCAAAGGCUUGCUCGUCGGGAGACUCAAAGGUGAGAUAUCACGUGAAGAAAACUGAGCAGGAGGACGGGACGACCAAGACACAGAUUGUGCUGGAGUCCAAAGUGGAGGAGGAGCUGGAUGUUUCUGAAGAAUCUGCCCUCGAUGAACUGCUGAGCCAAGGUGUGAAGAAAGUAUCGCUGGAGGAUAUCAAGGGUACCGCAACAGGAAGCAUGAUUCAGAAUCUGCUGAGCGGCCUGCAAGGAGGUGAAAACCUACAAAAUAAGUCAGUCAAUGUAGAAAUCAUCGAGGAACCGGUGGAGUCUCACAGCGACGAGGAGCUUGAGGUCAAACAGGAAUCCAGAUCUGCUUUUUAUGAGCCCUCGACAUAUUUCCAAAUUGAGGAGCUAGAAAAUGCCCCUCCUGACACUCGAUUUGAGAGGGGCAGCAACGACGAGGCUUUAAAAUCCCUCACACCGGACACAGACCAGUCCAAGAGUGGAUCGGUACAGGGCCAAGACUUCUCCAGAAAGAGUGAACCUUCACAUCUGUACCAGGACCAGGAGUCUCAUGAGUAUUUCGUGUCCACGCCAGACGACAACUUCUCUGAGCCCGAGGAGGGCGGUGGGAUCACUUCAUACGGUCAUUACGGCAUCGUUGACGACCUGUCCGAUGAGAGAUAUUAUCAAGAUGAGGCCGUUCCCCAGAAAAGAGUGAUUGUAGAGGAAAGCGACGAUUACAAGUUCACGUCAGGAGACCGUCUGUUUGCAAAGGAGGGCUUCCCAGAGUGCAUCAUUGAGGAGGAGGUCCGUGUCUCUCCUGUAGUGCAGGAGUCAGUGCUUGAGUUCCUCAGAGAAGACUCAUUGGAGCCCAAAGAACAGCUGAAGGGAGCUCUCGAGAAGCUACAGAGCUCAGUGUCCGGCCCACUGAGGGAGGAAUUGGCUUUCCUGACAAAAGUGAGUGAAGACAGUCCGCAGAAAGUGGCUGUCGAUAUCAAAAAAGUGCAACAGUCAAGUGACAACGGCACCACAACAAUAGUUGCUGAGCUCAAUGUCUCUCAAACCCUGGAGGAUUCUGGGCUGCUGGGGGCCAGAGAGGAUCUCACUGAGGAGCAGAUCAUGGCAGCUCUGCGGUCCUCUAACUUAGGGCUCGAGGAGGCCUUCAAGGGCGGGGCAGGGGAAGGGUACACCAUCAGAGUUUCCACAGAAGAGGUCGUGCACGGUGGGGGCUUUGAAGGCUUCGCUGACGAAGGAGUGUCGGGAAUCACAGAGCGAGGCUUCGCCUUCCAGAGGGAUGAACAUGGAACUGAUGCAGGGAAAAGCUCACAGCAUGAGCUGCAAUCUCAAAUCAUGGAGACCCCGGUGAGGAUUUCUCACGAGAAACGAGUUGCAACAGUUUACCUCGACAGCCCUUCAGAGGACUGAGUCCAUGAAGUACGAGAUGUUUUUUUCAGUGUCAUGAUUGCCAACGUAAAGCUGUAUGUUGAAGCGCACAUACAGGGUCUAUUCUAAUACAGCAGCCCAUAUUCAAAGCAGCCGCACUGGUUGCAGAUUGUAAAUGUGCUUGUAAUUUUGUAACACCUAUAAAUAAUUCGUGAGAAAAAAAAAACUAACCAAAUUUUACAGAUUCUAAGUAACUGUGGAAGUACAUGGGCAAAAUUAGGAAUAAAACA